CCAUUUCCAAUGUUUACUUCCUGUAAGCGUAAAAGGAAACUGAAUGAAUGAAACAUGGUUCUUGGUGUUGUCUAGGAGGUAGAUCUAGAAAUCUAGAAGUAAAUGGCUUGUCAAACAACAGUUCCUCACUGACAACAAAUCUAAACGAGACACGAACUUUUUACUGGUAGAAGGAGUGGACGUUUUUAUGAGGGCAGCGGUAACGUUGCUCCGGAAUAAGGAGCCUGGAGGGCUGAGACGAUGAGAACCACCGAUUUCGCUACUAAUCUUAGAGACAGAAAAUAUGGAAACGAAGAAAGCAAUUCUACGAUUCUUGCUUUCCCUUUUGGUAUGCGUGUGGCAAUAUGGUUUGGUGUGUUCAACAAAGAUAUGUUCCAGAGAUCAAUCGAGAGUGGUUGCGCGUAUCGUUAAAGAGAAAAUUUUGCCUGCUUUCAAAGAACAUAGAGUUCCUCUGGCCUCAGAAUGUCAGUUUGCCACAGACCGAGACAUGUACAUGGUUCACGAGGACAACAAGAUGAUGGAGAACACUGGCCGCUGGGCCUGUGACUUCUGCGGCAAGGCCUUUGUCUCAGAGUAUUUUUUGGAUGCUCACUUUGGGAAUCGUCACUCUGAACACAUUCAGAGUGAGAAUGCUCUGUGCCUGGCUGACGUUUGCGACGUGUUCCGCUGUGACAUUGUGUCGGGGGCGUCCACGCCUGACUACUGGGACAUUGCAUUGUGCAUGGAAGAUGAUAUGAAAGAUCUGUUCUCUCAGUGUGAGGCACUUGUUGAUGAGUGUAUCCCAGCAAGUGUGACAAAAAAUCAGAGCAGAUCAAUUAAAGACACUGUGGUAGAAAAUGUUUGUUCUUUUCUCACUUGCAUGAAGUUUUGGAACACUCCUAUGCAGCAGGAGGAGAGCUCCCACAUGGCUCUCUACAUCGUGCUGACCACCAUGACCUGUUUUGGCAUCAUCAUCUACAACUUUGUUUUUUACAAUUACUUCUUCUCAGACCUCUCACUAGAAUCCACAUAUAACCCACCACCCCAGAAGAGCAAAAAGAAGCAAACAAUGUCUCCCUACUCUGAGAGUCGAGAACCCCCGCGACCCAGACGCCCUCCUCCUCGACCCAGACAUCAGCUGUAGAUCAAGUGCUUGAGAGUUUCAGUCUCUCGCUGGUCGCUCAGUGGACGUGUGUGUUUUGAGCAGCACAACCCCAAGCUGUUGGAUUGAUGAAUGGCUACAAAGGCUGGUGUACUUUGUGACAAGGAAAGGAAGUUCUUUUUCUAUUGUGUGUGGGUGAAGCAUUAACACUCUUUUCCUCCACAUAGUGUUAUAGAGGAGAGAAAAAUUUAUCUCCAAACUUUAAAUUUAAAGAACUAGGGAUACAUGAGUAUUACUUCCAGGCUCAGAUAACAUGAACAUGGAUAACCCAAAAUAUCAAAUAGCCCAUUCAGUUGACCAUUCCCCCGAGUGAUAUCUCAUUAAUUUUUCACCCUACAUUUUACCCGAACUAUGGAUGUAUUGAACACAUUUGUCAAUUCCCUGACGUGUUUGAGUUAUCCAUGCCCAACUGUUCAAUGAUUGGAUGGAUUGUUGUGGAGUCUGUUCCUGUAGUUUAAUCAAAGAUUGUACAUUACAAGAUGGUUUGCCCCUCUCUUUGAGGUACCGAAAAAAAAUGUGUGCAGUAAUGCCAGUGGCAACGUACAUAGUAUUGCCCGUUGGAUGUUUGUAAUUUGUAGGGAGUUAUGAGUUUUGAGUACACAGUGGAGCAAAAUUGUGCUACCAGAACUUCUACUUGAGAUAUAAAGUCAAAUGUGGUAUCUGCAGCAGUUGCCACAUCUAUCGUACAUAGAUUGUAGAGGAUGAUUUUUAAGGGAGUGAAGUCUUAAAGUAUCCAGUGAUUGAUGUUAUUCAGGCAGGAUCAGCUACUCUGGUAUUGUCAUAUUUCCCACCCCCAUAAUGAUUGUCAGUGUCUUUUAUGUUCAAAGUAAUGAGAAACAAGGAGGUGAUAAUAGUCAUUUUGUAUUUAUAAUAAAAAUUUGAGAGAGAUAAAAACUGCAGACAGGAAGAAGAGGCCGAGGCAACUGAUCCUUACACCUACAACUGACAAUGUAGCGGGGACUCACGGACUGUCAUUAGAUCUAUUUCUCUCUUUAAUAAAUAGCCAUAUUGCCUUCUUUUACUCCUCCUUCAGUAAUAAUUGGUUUUGGAUCAGGUUUCAUGCUGAAAAGAAAUUUUCAAACUGUAGUAACUUUUUUGGUAGACUACUAGUAAAUUAUUGUUUGUUUUAUUUUAUUUUUGGAGGUUUCUUUUUUUUUUUGGGGGGGGGGGAAAGAGGGUUGAGUCAGAUGUGUGAAAUUGAUAUGUUUGAGUUGCCAUGUACAAUAAGAGUAUGUCUGUUACAUAUGGUUUUCACUAUGCAGUUUAUGAAAGUUGUAAAAAGUCAUUCCUACCAUCAUCAAACAUAUAAUGUUGGAGAGUCUUUUAGUGUCAUUACAGUCAGUCAGUGGAAUAUGUCUUGUGUUUUUGCCUUUUUGUGGAAAGAGAACAGUGUGAAAGAAUAAUUUCUUACUUUUUAUGUUACUGUAAAUCUUGCAUGAAGAUGCUUGUGGAUGUAUGCUUUCAUAUAUAUAUGGAAAUAAAUGUCGGUGUGCCUUUGGGAAAA